AAAUAUUCUCCUGUUAUUUGAAUAAGACAUGACCCCAGCAAACCAGACUUGAUCCAGCACUCAGUAGAGUUGUAUUGCUGGUUUAAUGAUUAAAGGAUUAACUUCAUGUGACUGGAAUGAAAGUGUGCUAACACAAAGAAUGAGAUAGAUUGCUGUUGGGUAGUGACUCCUUAACAAACAGAAACCCACCCAAGGAGUGCAAAUGACUAAUUUUUCUUCCUGGAUUCUUUUACACCCUAUACAUACGUAAUAAAGUAGGGACAAAGGAUCUGUCUAUUAAGUGGAAUAAAUGAGUAAGAAAAAUACAAUGAGGAGAGAGUUAAUUUCUUUCAAAUAAACAUGAUUGCACAGCUGAUUCCUGCCCAUUUCAUAGGAACAUAUGCCAAAUUUGUAAUUUGUUUAGCACUUUGGGAGUUGAUUGAAUCGUUUUUUUGCUCAACGUGAAGUUGGCACAACAUCUGUGAUUGCUCAGCAGGCUCCUCAUCAUUGAAAGAUCUCUAUGGGACUUAACAUUCCAACUAACCAGAAAAUUUCUUCUGAAAAUUUCCCAACAAGUAAAAUUCCAUGGUCAUUCCUUCAGCAUACAUUGGCAACAUUUGGUUACCAAGCUUUACUCAAGACAUACUGAUCAAGAAAUCUAGAGCUCUGCAGUGUAGCCAGGUUACAGUCAAAUUAAUACUUCAAGCUGAAGAGAGAGGUGUGGUGUCAAUCAAAGGUAUACGUGCAAACCGUUUCCUUGCUAUGAAUGAAGAUGGACGAUUGUUAGCAUUGAAAUAUGUAACAGAUGAAUGCUUCUUUUUUGAACGCUUGGAAUCUAAUAACUAUAACACAUAUCGGUCUCGUAAAUAUUGUGAUUGGUACAUUGCACUGAAACGAACUGGUCAGUACAAACUAGGACCAAAAACUGGACGAGGACAGAAAGCUAUUCUUUUUCUGCCAAUGUCUGCCAAAAGUUGAUUUGAAUAUCACAGCUCAUGAAAUAUUGUGUAACAAUAGAUGUUCCCUCCUCCACAAUGCAAAUUAAUGUGAUAUUUUCCAAUAUUUGCUGAUUGAUUUCAUAUCAUUAAUGUGUAGAACUGUAACACUGAAAACCAUUUUCAUUCUCCAUUUAUAUAAGGGUGUUUGUAUGUGCAUACUAACGU